CUUGAUAAAAGAUUUUGACAUGAAUAGAAUUUCCUAAUAUAAUGAGUGUUUUGGAGCCAUCGCAGAACUUCUUAAACCGAGCUACUCAUGAACAUUAUAAAUGAAAGCUAAAAAUACCAGUUAAGUUAAAAAUUUGUAUCUUUGGCGUCCAAUUGGGCACUUACACUUUAACGUAUAUGGUAUAGAUACAGAACUUCUGACCUAUAUGAUAACAGGAACAAAAAAAGGAUAAUAAUUUUAGUUUACGAAAAGAGAUUAUCGUCUAUAGGAAAUAGUAAAACUAUAAAUCUAUGUAAAUGAAUGGCUAACAUUAGCACAAUAGCUAUAACACAUUGCGAGUAUUAGAUAGAUUUUGUGAACCGGUUUGUUGAUAAGUCGUAUUUCGGCAUUAUGUGUGUGUUAUUUUUUUUCUUACUUGUUUAUUUCCAUAAUAAAAAAAAAUUCCCCGGGAAAUUAGUAAGGGACCCCUGGCGAUCCCUGGAGAAUUGGUGGGGCUGGGCUGUCCGGGUUUGUUUAAUACUGUGUUUAAUAAUGAUAAAUUCUUUUGAAAAAUUUUUUUUAAUUGCAAUAUAAGUAUUUUUUUGUCAGGUUAUCACAAGUACUUGAAAAAUCGUGAAAAGAAUUAUAUGGAACACCCUGUAUGUAUAUUCGAUUCGUUGAAAAAGUGUUACUAUUGUAGAAUUUGACAAGGCUCUUUCUCAAAGUAUCGGUGACAAAUGUUUGUUCAGUGAUAUUUGCAUCUGAAUGACUCGUUCUCGGUAAGACUUUUAUCUUCGCUUAAUAGAAAAGAAAGGUUAUAUGGAUAAAAAAAAAAAAAACAUACCACAGAGUUUAUAUUAAUCAAUGAUAUGGAAUGGUCUAACUUUUGGAUAUUUUCAUUCUCGAUGAAAUAUUAAAUUUUGUGAAACCCAAAAUUGUCAAUAUACGAGGAUUCAGUAUUUUAAAUUCAGUAUAAUAACCUGCAAGGUGAUCACCUGCGUUUUAUAUCACAAGAGAGAGAGAGAGAGAGAGAGAGAGGGAGAGAGAGAGAGAAUUAAUUCUGUACAUAGUUGUUCGUAUAAUUAUUCAUAUUUACUUUCUUAAAUAGUCAUGUUGUGCAAUGUACUUGCUACAUGAUCGUAAAAAAAGGAAAAAAAAAUAUUCGCUAGAAGAAAUGUGAAAGAAAUAUUAAAGAUAAGUAGGAUAUUAUAUAGGAUAGUAUAUAUAGAUAAAAUAAAGAAAAUACUCUCGAGAAGAUUGGCAUGAAAUAUCCAUUGGCACUUGUCAAACGAUGAACUUGUGAAAUGUUUCCGUAUAAUAAAUAAUCCGUAUUUUUUUGCACACUCCUUUUCUUGACCAUUUUUAUCCGAGGACAUUUGGAGGUAUUAAAUAAACCAUAAAUCUUAAGGUCCCGCGUCACCCAAAGUCCAUUUGGACUUAUCAGGACAACUCGUUUGUCCCCGAGUACUUCCGUACGGAAGUGUCGGCCGAUUCGCAGGUGGGGCAUUAGCUCUUCUGAUGAGUAUAAAGACAGAAAUCAUCGGCGUAUUUUUGUUAGUCGGUUUUCAGUCGGUCUUUUCAAGUCUGAAACAUUAUUUUCUAUUAAAAGUUCAAUUAGUAGACUCGUCGAAAUACAGUAUGAACGAUCCGUCAUGUAUAAUAAUUAUUACAUUAGCAAUCAUUUUAUCGACAAGUUUGUCGUUUGCUUGGCCGUAUGGACGUCGAGAUGUCUCUGACAAUUCGGUGGAUAGUUUAGAUGGACUUGUAUCAUCUCAUUUGCAACAUCUUGGGGAUGCAGUAUAUGGUUUGCCAAGUAACGAGACAGGUUUUAAAGUGGCUAACUGGCACGAAGGAAUGUCUGUUAAUCCUGAAGAAUUGGGUAAUUACGCUGAAGGAGAUAUCCUUUUUCCACUUGGAAUGAGUAGAAACGGUUUGAAAGGAAAUACUGCUAGAUGGCCCAAUGGUACCAUUCCUUACAUGAUCAGUCCUUAUUUUGAUGAUAGACAACUUAAACUCAUUUAUCAGGCUAUGGAGGAAUAUCACAAAUAUACAUGUAUUAAGUUUAAGCAAUAUACCGGGGAGGAGAAUGAUUACAUUAGAAUUACAGCAGGUACUACCGGUUGCUGGAGUAGCGUAGGUAGAAUAGGUGGGCGGCAAGAUGUGAAUCUUCAGGUACCAGGAUGUGUUACCAAAAAGGGUACCGUGAUUCAUGAAUUGAUGCACGCUAUUGGCUUUUUUCAUGAACAAAGUAGAUACGAACGAGAUGAAUACGUUACUAUUAUAUGGAAAAACGUCAUUAAUGGCCACGAAAAUAAUUUCGAAAAGGCACCGAGAGAAAUCACUGAUGACUUUGGUGUUGGCUAUGACUAUGGCAGCGUGAUGCAUUACUCUGCCUAUGCAUUUUCCAAAAAUGGAAAAGCAACUAUAACACCAAAAGUACCAGGUGGUCUUUUGGGUCUUAUCGGAGAAAUCUUUCAGGGCAAAACCGAGGUUGAGCUUGGACAACGAGAGGGACUCAGUAAACGAGACAUUCAAAAGAUACGUAGAAUGUAUCACUGCAAUAAACGCAGGCGUAGUCAUAACUGAUAUUUCAAGCAUCUUUUAUUUCACGAAAUAUUAUAAUUGUAUGAUUUCUAAAAUGAUCUAAUCAAUUGAGUAUCGUCAUGUAAUUGGAUCAUUGAUCUCAGGUAUAUUUUUAUGUUACGCAUAGACAAGUAUUUUUACUUUCACUGUUUUUCUUAUAUCUAUAUUGUUACGCUACUCUUACUCAGUAUUAUAUAUGUAUUACUUAUACAUUAU